AUGAAACUCCUCUACCCCACCUCCGUUGAACUCGACAUCCAAAGCCUCCAAGGCUUCUCAGUCACCCUCCACCCCUACGACGUAAAGGUCCCAAUCCCAGAGGAUCUAAUUGACGCCGAUAUCCUCGUGACCUGGGCCAAUGCCGCCUCAAACCUGUCCGACGCCGCAAAGCGCAUGAAGAACAUCAAAUGGAUCCAAUCUCUCGCCGCAGGCCCCAAUGACGUGCUAAAUGCCGGAUUCGACCGUUCAAAGAUCAUCGUCACGACUGGUGUAGGUCUACACGAUGGACCCGUCGCCGAGCACGCCCUCGGCCUCCUCCUAACCGGAGCUCGCCGAUUCUUUGAAAUGCGCGAUUAUCAACUCCAGUCGAAAUGGCCCGGCCACCUUGGCGGCUCAUUUCCCCGCAGUGACUUCACCACACUCCGGAACUCCCGUGUGUUGAUCUGGGGCUUCGGUAGUAUCGCGAAGAAGCUUACUCCCUACCUUACCGGCCUUGGUGCUGAGGUUAAAGGUAUCGCUCGCAGCCACGGCGUGCGCAAUGGCAUUGAGGUUUUCGGCGAAGAUAAGCUUGAGGAGCUUCUACCCGAGACGGAUGCACUUGUUAUGAUUUUGCCUGGGUCUGAUUCUACAAAUAAUGCGCUGAAUGCUGAGAGACUUAAGUUGUUGCCGAAGCAUGCUUGGCUUGUUAAUGUUGGUCGGGGUACAUCUGUUGAUGAAGAUGCGUUGGCGGAUGCGCUGGAGCAGGGUGAGAUUGCGGGUGCUGCUCUUGAUGUAUUCAAGACCGAGCCGCUUCCUGAGUCAAGUCGGUUAUGGAAGACUCCUAAUCUGGUCAUUUCGCCUCAUGCGGCUGGUGGAAGACCUGAGGGUUGUACUGAGUUUAUUGCGGACAACUUGCGGCGCUACUUGGCUUCGCAGCCGCUCAAGAAUGUCAUCUGA